AUGUCACCUCAUGAAACAGCCGAUUCUCCAACAAAGGAAGAAGAAACUUUGGUGUUUGGGAGAACAAUCACAAGAAAAGAAGCGAGUGCAAAUGCAGGGGGAAACCUAGUGACGGAUCCAUCAACGCUUUCUACUGCUGCUGCCACUGAAGAUCCCGCGGUGGUGACAAAGACGAUAGCCUCCAUGGGCCGACCUGACAUAAUUUCUCUGGUGGAUUUGGAAGAUGAACAUGAUGAACACGACUUGGUUCCAGUGCACGAAUACUACUGCACUCCAAUCAACCCGUCGUCGAUAUCCUUUACCAGAAUGAAAUCGACGACCCCAACAACAGCAACUUCUGUAGCUUCGUCGAUAUCGUCAUCCUUCUCUUCGACUCCGAUAGGGUUGCUGAAUUCAUCCUCAUCUUCGUUGUCGUUCUAUGCCGUUGGUGGUGGUAGCGGCGAUGAACAAGAACAACAGCAUUCAUCGGAUGCGCAACAGCUGGAACAACAUCAGGCGCUUCACCUAAUACAACAAGAGUCUUCUUAUACAUAUAAUACAACGCAACAACAACAACAAGAUGAAUAUGAACUACCGCGGCGACGGAUUCCACUCUCUCACCGCACCAAGCUUCAAAACUGGGAAGUCUGUCUCAAGCCAAUUUUGAUGAAAUAUCUCCAUGACGAACAGCUUUUAUACUUUUACAAAUUAUAUCACGACCACGAUAUAAAAUCUCCACAGUUGCUGGAAUCGUUGGCGUAUUUGGCCUCGAGUCCCAGCUUUUCCGAAGAGUGUUACUGGGAUCACCUCUGUCCCUGGGCACUCUAUUGGUCCAGUAAACGCAAAGCCCGCAGUUUGAAGCUGAUUACGCUGAAAACAUUGAUGCAAUGCUUGUCGCCUCCAGUGGCGGGAUGGCAACAUUGCGAUCCUGUGAUUGAAGGGACCUUGGACUUUUUGAUUACGCCCCAAAUGGAAUGGGAGUUCAUGGACCACUCUGAAAUGAAUUUGUUGCUGGAAUUGCGAGCUGUCUGUUUGCGGUUCAGUCAACAAGAAGAGGCACACAUUGCCAAAAUGGCCCAACGAGGGGACACGGCGGCCGUCUUGAUUUCCGCCAGUGCCAAGCUGAUGGAAGAAGGCAUGAUUCAAUCCGGCCGAUUGAUUGAGGGCCAGUUGGACAAGGCAUGUGUUGUAUUGAAAACCUGGGUCAAGCCUGGGCAAUAUCCUAUUAAUGUCGAUCAGAAUCAUGCCUAUGUCGCCAGAGCCUUGUCCAGUGCGGCCAAGAGGGCAUCCAUUGAAGUCAAGGAUUCGACCGUGUGGUUGGUGCAAACUGCCCGAGAUGCCUCCUCCAAGGGAUUGGGAAUAGUGGUGGAAAAGUUGGACAACAAGGGAAAUCGCCGAUCCACCUUUCAUGAACAAUUGUCGCCCGAAUCCGCCGAGGCUCUCAAGGUGGUGGGAAAGGUUGGCAUGGCAACACUGGGCGCUACGGCCUUGGUCGGGGAAGCCAUGGUGGAACUCAGUCGAGGUUUGGUACGAAAGACGGGAUCCGUGGCUGCUGAUAUAGUCGAACACAAGUACGGUUCGGACGCUGGUCGAGUCGUAUUGGAUGCGAGUGAAACGGCGGAUAAUUUGGUCCAGGCGGCUGGGAACGUGGCGCUGUUGGAGCACAAGGUAAUGGCCAAGACCAUGGCCAAGGAUGCGGGUAAGGAGAAGAUUGAAGCGGAGAUGGCCCGGGCCAAGGAUUCGAUGCAUUUGUUGGAAAUUCAAAUGGCGGGAAUAAUUCACCAAGCCUUGGGAAAUGGUCCAGGGCCAAACAAGCUUUUGGAGGGAAUGAAAGGACGGCAUCAGCAGAAACAGCAAACUCAGUUGGUAAAAGCAGGAGGAACACCUUCUCCAGCAGCUUCGACUACAUCAACUGCACUAAAGAGAACGCCUUCUACUAUUUCGCAAGUGAAGACAUCAUCCGAGUCAUCAUCCCAGCAGGCCGUGAUGCUAAGAGUGUAA